AUGGAAGAUAAACAUCAAGAUAUCAUUGAUAAUAAUACAGUUGUUGAAACAGCAACAGAAGUAUCAACAAAAACAACAACAACAGGAACAACCACAGGAACAAAACCAGAAUAUGACAAAAACAAAGAUUAUGCUAAUGAUCCAACACUACCUGAGCUCAUCGUAAAAGAUUAUAUGCAUUUGUUGGAACCAUUCAUGCAACCUCCAGAAUCACCAACAUCUCGUGUAUUCAAAGCUGUAUUUAUACCUUAUCAGGCUUAUCAACCACUUAUCGAUAUCUAUGUACAACAAAAAGAUUUAGAUUCACAAGCAAUGAAAAUGUUCAAAUAUCAUGGAGUUUGUAGAAAGUAUUUGAGUAAGAAAGAUGAAUCGUUUCUCUUCUUUCAAGAUCUACACAAGAAACCAGACGCUAGAUACAAUUUCCUAUUCAAUGAUAGAGCCUCUGACUUGAUGAGACCAAGACGUAUUUUCUCUGGUCAUGCUAUCUUGGUUCGUACAUCCAUGAACAAAGAGAAAUCUUGGAUAGAUUAUCAUGAUAUCACUGCGGCUGAGCUUGAAAAAGUCAUGAGAUUCCUCAAACUUGGUACCUACUAUGAUUUCCUCAACAAUCUUCGUGGUACCAAUGAUAUAUUAUCUACCAUUCUCUGGCCAGAUUCCAUAGUUUAUUCAAAAACUAAUUGGACAUUUGAGAAAACACCAUUGGCAAUAUUGAAUGAAUAUCUCUGUUGGGUUGGUAAGGCGGUAUUUCAACCGGUGAAGAUUGACUUUAAGAAGAAUGGACCGUUCAGUUGUUUGUAUACGAUCAACGAUGUCACUCCACCAAAGACACUGGCAUCCGGUAUUCAUGCGCAAGUGAAGAAAGCACAGAUGGAUUUGGCACAUCGUGUGUUGGUGUGGUAUCAAUCGAGACAGAUUGCACUGCUCUCCGACAAGGAGUUCAUCGAUGACGAUACGAGUUACGAGGAGUUCGAAGAGGCACAGGAUGCAUUCCUAAAUGAACAUGCAAGCCAAACAGCAGCCAAAGCACAAUCGUCGGAAUCGGAAUCACAAUCGUCGGAAUCUAAAAACGCUGGUGAUAGUGGUGACGGAGUAGACAAAGCAACGGAAUCACUUAAAACCAAAGGUGUUAUUUCAACUCCUCUUGUUGAUUACUUUCCUCCAACGUUUGUCGCUUGUGACAAUUAUCAUUUGGUUUUCGACAAGUACAAACUGCCAUUCGAUUGUGAUAUAACCCAUUUGGCACCGGAAGGAAAAGUAGUUAAAUAUGAAAUACAACCUGGUGUCAAUGAACCACCUGAUUUUGGAUCAAAAGUAUUUGUGUUAGUUCGUACUUAUUUACCUGAUGGAACAUGUUUGGAUGAUAAUUCAAAGACAAUGAUGUUUGAACUUGGUUUACAAGGUUGUAUCAUGGGUUUGGAGAUGGCUCUUUUCAGUAUGAAGAUGAAGGAGAAAUGUUUGGUUUCGAUCGAUCCCGAGUAUGGCUAUGGAAAGCUGGGUGCACCACCUUUAGUUCCACCCAAUACACCUAUUAUCUACUAUCUUGAGAAUACCGACAUUCAAUACAGAGUACUUCCAUCACAUCAGGUCAUCAAUACCUAUUCAGUUGAACAACGUCUAGAGAGUGUAUCACAACUUCGUGAACAAGCUAAAUCUGCAUAUGCACGUAGACAAUUUGGAAAAUGUUUAAAGAUGUAUAAAAGUGCAUUAAGAUAUAUAAGUCUUGAUUCUUUACCGAAUUGUAGUCAAAGUGAAUGGGAAUCAUUGAAUGAACAUGGUGCUCGUAUCUGUACGAAUCUCGCCAUUACUUAUUCUAUGAUUAAACCACCCAUUUGGGAGAGAACCAGAGACUAUUGUAUACAGGCACUAGAGUAUGUCGAAGAAGACUCCAAGGCACUGUAUUGGCUAGCCAGAUCAUACUUGACGAUCCUUGACCUCGAGAAUGCAACCAAGACAAUUGACAAGGCAAUCGAAUUCGGUGACGACGAUUUAAUGGCUGCUUUGCUUCAACUGCAAAAACAAAUUCAGAGAGAAGUUGCCAAUGAUCUGGCAAAGGAAAAGAACGUCUACAAAACAAUGUUCAACAAAUUUUCAGAGGAACAGCAAAUGUAUGAAGAAAAGAAGAAGAAUAAUAAUAAUACUACCUUCACUAUUCCAAACGAAGAGAUUGACAAUGAUCAUAUCAAUCCGUAUGGAUGUGAUUAUAUCAGUGAUUCAGAUGAUGAUAAUGAUAAUGAAAAAUAA